CUACAACCUAUCAAUUUUCAUCAUAGGGUGGAGCCGCAGGGCAAGGUUGCUGGGGCGGAUGUUUUUUUGAAAGUAUGGGAUAUUAGCUACAUACUUGUACAUCAGUAUUUGAUGAUGUUGAAGACUUUUUAGUGUUACCAGCUUCAGCAUUUUUACAACUUGAAAUCUUGGCUGAUAUAAGUACCAUACUACAGAAGUUUAAAAUGUCGACCACUCUACUACGGCAACAGCAGCGUCAGCACGACGACAUGGAGGCGGAGAUUUUCGAGGAUAUGUGCUCCAUGACGAUGACGAGUACUUCCUUGAAUCUGGCCGAGAAGGGUUUUGACAUUGACAAACUCGCGAACCAGGCUUUUUUUGAAGAGGACCUCCCGGGUUUCGCCCACUUUGACGUCGUGGAGCAUGACCAGCACGGGACGAACACUAUCAACGACUCGAGCUCGCUAUGCAUUGCAAAUAUGUCUGGGUCUGGAAGUCGAUAACUUGUGAUGCUGUCUUUGGAUUCCAAAAAAAUCUGUAUUGCAUGACUAGCAAGAGGAGUCCAGUUUGUGCCACGCGGGAAGGGCGUUUCUCAUGCAGAAUAGGCAUCAGGAAGCCCCCUAAAAAUCAGUGACGCUAGUAGGGCAUGCAUUACAGGCGUCGCGGGUCAUGCAAAAUAUGCAUGACAAACCUUUGGCAAUCUUCCAGAGCCAGACGUAUUUGCAUUUCAUACUCGCCCAACCGCUACAUCUACAACGAGGCGGAACUGCAGAGAGAGCAGGAAAGACGAAUGCGGCAGCAACAAAAUAUUAACCAUCAAAGCCAGAACAACCAGCAGGUGAACAACAACUAUUCCCAAUCGACAAACAACUUCAGUCUAAACAUGGCAAAUCGACAGCAAGAAUCACUUAUCAAAUGUAAAAGUGUCUAGGUCUGGAAGAAUGCAACUUGUCAUGCUGUCUUUGGAUUCCAAAAAAAUCUGUAUUGCGUGACCAGCAACAGGAGUCCAGUUUGUGUUACGCGGAGAGGGAGUUUCUCAUGCGGAAUAGGCACUAGGGAGCCCUCUAAAAAUCUGUGAUGCUAGAUCAUGCAUUACAUGCAUCAUGGAUCAUGCAAAAUCCCGAAGUCUUCCAGACCCAGACAUUUUUGCAUUUGAUAUCACUCUCCUUUCUGCGUGACCCGAGCUACACCCGCACGGUGUCGACCUAUCCUGUGCAAAAGUAUCGUACUCGUAGUAAUUGCAUUUAUGCAUUACAAAUCUCUUUCUCAAGGUAAAUCAGCACUACAAAUUCAAUUUGUAAUGCUGGGCUAAUUUGUAAUGCAAUUUAUACUAGUACGAUGCUUCUGCAUUUCAUACGACCGCGCACCAGACGACGCUGCUGUUUAGUCAGGAAAACGAGGACGAGGAGGCGUUGUCAGGUGAAGACGAAGAGAAUAUGCCCGGUGGUCAUAAUGCAGCAGCUGUAGAGCGAGAGCAGCAGGACCAUGAUCUUCACAGGGACGUCUACUCUUCGGAUGACGACCUUAGGCGGAUUGCUGCGAAGGCCGCCCCAGAGAACAACCGGAAUAUAAUUAACAAAACUACCAGUCCCAAAUCUAGGGCAAGCCAGAGUUAUGAGGGCGAGCAUGGAGAUUCGCUGAAGAAAACGUCAACAAACAACAGCAACACAACGCAUGAGCAGGACCACUUGCAGGGGACUCAGCAGGACACACAGAUCCUCAACGACACGCUUUCCUCUCUGGGACAGCUCGACAACGCAGAUCGGCCGAAGAACGACAGCUGCGCAAGCGAGUACCAGGUCCGGAGUCCGCCGAGGAGUCCGAAACAGGGAGCAUUAAGGAAUGACGAGGUCGGAGGUGACGUGCCGAAUAUCAACACCAGCCAAAAAAAGCAGCUACAGAGACCCGGGUCCGCGCCGUGCCUCCCGAGUCGGAUCCGCUAUUUAGUUCAGCUACCGAACAACAAGAAGGAGAACCACGUCGCGCUGGCCAACGGGCAUUUGUCGAGGAAAACGAAGGAGAACUUGAAUCUCGAACCCGAAGACUACCACCGCGCGUUAGACCACAACAGCCGAGUGCACGAUUUGCAGGAGUUGUUGCUGAAGCAAAACAUGAAAACGUCGAAGAAAUACCACGCCUUCGUGGAGAUGCUGAAGGACCGGAAGAGGAACGAAGCCAGCCGGUUCCCCCGACGGUGUGACCUGAUGCAGAUCGAGACGUUUUUCAACCUACGCGACUACAGCAGUUCCGAAGGGCCAAACAUCGACUUGGCGGACUACAACGCAAGGUUCAAGCGGGACAAGCCCGGGACGCUGCAGAUGAUCUUUGUUUUCUACGCGAGGCUCUACACGGUGUUGAAGAACAUUGAGGAAUACCAAAUCCGGCUGGGGUUGAACAACUACGACAGCAGCAAGGAAUCGACCUCCUUUUUCCUGCCUUACGACAUGAGCAAACACUCCUUGACACUGCGGGAGAUCAAGGAUUUCUGGCUGGACUUCAACCUGAAAAAGCACAUCAACUGGUACAAGUGCACCCAGAUCUACCAGGCGGUGAACACGAGGCCGACUUUGGACAGUCAGAACCGGGUUGGGUUGACCCUCGAGGAAUUCGUGAAGUUUUUGGUCCUGAUCGCACAGGAAAUUUACCGAUUUCAAAUCGUCAAGCCGCACAAACGGGUGCAGACCUUGGUUUCCUUUUUGAACCUCCACAGGUGGGACAGCGUGAAAUCCCAUUUGCGGAACUGUUUCCGGUAUGCAUUGCAAAUAUGUCUGGGUCUGGAAGAGUCAAAACUUGUGAUGCGCAUUUCACAACACAUGAAAAUCUCUCAUGCACAGGCAGCAAAAAUUUCCCACCUUCUGUCACCAAAAUGGGGCAUUCGUGAUGCGGAUUCGGCAUUGCGGAAGCUUCUCGAAAGCUGUGAUGCUAGAACUCGUCCCAUGCCAGACCUUCUGUGCCAUGCAAAAGCAGCAUUACUCGUCCAGACCCAGACAUAUUUGCAUUUGAUAUCCGGGACCACCACCUGCAGAAGUACGAUGAGUUGACGGAUUAUGGAAGUGUCAGAAUCGGAAUUGACAAAAUCGAAAAAUUUGCGAUGCAUAAAAUCGAUACCAGUUGGAGCCUCAGUUUGUAACUGGCGCAUGACAAAUUUCGGGAGCACCCAAAUCCAGUCUGUCAUGCUGUUUGGGCAAAGAAGACUCCUCCUUUCGUGCUACUCUGGCAGCGCAUUUUAUACCUCUAAACAGGCUUACAAUCGGUCUCAUUUCUUUGCCUGCUCCCCAAUGCAGUCCUUACGUGCCCUACAAUUUAUGCAUCACAAGUAGUUUUUCGAUUUUGUCGAUUUCGAUCCUGGCACUCCCAUACGGAUUUUGCGGUCGUGGCGAAGCGGUUGUGGUUGUUAACGAAAGCGGCGAAGAUAUCGAAGAAAAAAAGUUCGUCACGAUCACUCAUGCGCAUUCUUGCAAUACAAAAUUGUUUGUCAUGCGUAAAAAUGCAUCACAGCCAAACUUCAUUAGGGAUUUCCCUAGUGUUUCUGCAAUACAAGGAAAGUUUGUGAUGCUGAGAAAAUUUGUAAUGCAAAGCCUGCAAGUUAGUGACUGUGACAAACUUUUUUCUCUCCAUAGAAGACGACACCAAAGUUUGACGACGUGAAGAUGUUCGACAAGCAGAAUGGAAUUGACGUGAAACGGUUCGGGCUAUCAAACGUAAAUAUGUCUGGGUCUGGAAGAGUGCAUGCUUGUCAUGCUUGUCUGGCAUGACUCUCAAAUCUGUCAUGCACGUUACCCAAGAGCGCUACUUUUCUGUCAUGCAGAAACGCAGUUUGUCGCGCCGAAUAGGCAACACCUAGAAGCUCAGAAACUUGUCAUGCUAAGCCAGCACUUGUGGCCUCCUCCUCAUGAUACGCCACCGAGCAUCACAAGUUUCCAGACCCAGACAUAUUUGCAUUUGAUACGGGCUGCACAAGUAUCUGUGGUUAAAUGUGGAGAAAUAUCAAAUGUAAAAAUGUCUGGGUCUGGAAGAUUGCGAGACUUGUCGUGCAUAUUUCGGAUCACGCAAAUGGCGUCUGAUGUAGGCAAAAGCAUCACAGGUUUUGAGCACGCCUCAUGAUGCCUGUCCCGCAUGAGAAACUUCCUACUUGCUUGCCAAGAAAUGGACAGCUUCUGGUGCGCAUGCAACACAACUUUUUGUGUGUUCCAGAGUUUGCAUCACAAGUUCCAACCCUUCCAGACCCAGACACUUUUACAUUUGAUAAGAAAGAGUGGGUGAAGUUCACGGAGCAGAAUAGCUACGCCAACGGAAUUAACAUGCCGCGGUUCGACUACGCGAACGCGAAAUCUUUCAACUGCUCGGUGCUGCCGUUUCUGGACUGCGGGAUCAUCUCGAUCGGAGAGACGAAGCACUUCAAAAUCAAGGUGAAAAACCUCUGCAACCACAAGGCGUCCUUCAAAAUGGAGCCGGAUUACCACAACUGUCCGACCUUCGUGUCUGUGACGUACCAGUGUCCGCGAGGGGGCGUGGCGCAGGGCGGCUUCAUCGAGGGCGUGGUCAAGGUCGCGCCGGAUUUCGUCAAGGAAGCGGUCGGCAGCUUGGUGGUGUGGCAGAAGUCCAGUGCUGGGGAGUAGGAUAGUGUUUCUGUUUGAUAAUUUUUUUUUAGUUCCGACGUUCUUUCGCCAUGAAGUAGAUCGAUGUGCCGUGGUGGUCUCGGCAGGAAUACAUCAAGUUUGCAAGAAAACCUCCAAAGUGAAAAAGUCUGGACCUCUUCAAUCUCACUGUCAGGUUCCGCGAGGCCCGCAUUCCACUGUACGUGAAAGCCGUCGACAUGGAGAUGUGGCAUGAAGGGGAUCCGUACCCGUCGAAGUAUCACACGCAAAUCGGCACCGAAAUACCCGCGACCGACGACAAGCUCCGGACGAAUUGCCUCCCGGCGACCAUCCCGCCCGCGUUCCACCGCGCGGACACGAAUGCGGUGAAAAUGCGACGGGAAAUAAAAUUUUCUUUGAACAAAAAGAUUUGCCGCAACGACGACAUCCUCCCGAAAGACGGGGCCAAGCCGGACAAGAAGGUCUACUCGAAGCAGAAAGUAACGAAGCUGCAGCAGAAGCCGGCGAACCGGGCGAGCGUCACGAUGGGAAACUUGGGCGUGAGGACGGAAUUCAAGAUGCAGACGGAAAUGGGCACGUUUUUGGACAACGAACCGGUGAACGCACAGAACUUCGGGGGGAUAAGAAAUAGCACGCGGCCGAGCACGGCGGGAGGGGUUGGGAGUAGCGGAAGCACUGCAGCUGCCUCUCCUGCUGGGAUGAGGCAGCUGCCUCUCCGGACACUGCAACGACCGCAGUCCAGCGCUGGGAUGAUGACGAUGAACGAACAGGCCCGGUUCGACAACCUGAAUCGCAUCCAGGCCGCCACUAUCAAAUGUUAAAAUGUCUGCGUCUGGAAACUUGUGAUGCUGCGUUGGGAAUAGUGAAUGCUCUGUAAUGCACAGCCAAGCAUGAGAAAUCAAAUAUCUGCGCUUCUUUGUGUGGCGUUUUUCGCAUGACAAACUGCGUUUCUGCAUGACAGGCAAAGGGGUCUCUUCUUGGACACGCAUCACAAACUUUUUGGUCAUCCCAGACAAGCAUGACAAAUCUUGCAUUCUUCCAGAGCCAGACAAUUUUGCAUUUGAUAGCCACGUCAGUGCCGCGGGUUGUCGGCCCGAAGCGGAGGUUUCUGGGAUUUUCGCAGGAAGAAUUAGAAGAGAAGCACAACACGCGGGAGAGGAUCGAGAAGCAACGACAAAACCAGAAGGCCACAGGCGUGAUCAGCGGAAAACGGAUCAAGCACUGCCGACCCGAGGACCCGACCCUGUUCGGAACGGCUUUCGAGCUGGACACCGAACUCCGAGAUAGCGAUGAGGAGCCUUUUGCGGAAGAGGAGAAAAAGCCGCCAAGUAGAAUGAACGCUUGGUCGUCGGUGCCGCUUCUGCGGUUGACGAAAUCGGACGCUUUAGAGAAGGAGCAGUACUUGAAACAGCGAAGACACGACUCAACGAUUUCCAGGAACCGGCUGCGCAACCGGCAGAUCGUGCAAAACUCCAAAUUUUACAACUCGAUGGACACGGCGAUCAACGGGGAGCAGCAAACGUUGUCGACUGUCAAUCUAGCUGCGGGAGAAAUGAUGAAUACAACCUCCAAUGCAGGAAUAAAGAACAACGACCCUCAUCAAGUGGAUGACAAAAAUUUCGCAUGGAAAAAAUCAAUCCCGACGAAGGAGGAGCAGCAAGUCCGGGAAAUCUUGACGGCAAAUAGCAGGCCACAAAAAGUGUUGCACUACCCGGAACUGAAAUUGUCAAAUAGCAGUUUGACCUCGUCUUCGGGGGAGCAGCAGCAGCAGCGAAACAAGCAGCAAGCAGGAGGUAACUACAAGCAAGGAGGAGAUUCAUCGUCCGUGCAUCAGUUUUACCCGGAGCAACAAGUAGACGAUGAUAACGACGAGCAGGCCCUUGCUGAGCAGGCUGCAGCACAGGGCACGAAGAUACAACGACAUGUUGGGCAAGUAGAUCACGCAAUGAAACUACAAAACCAGAAGCAAAAACCACCAGGGACUCAGCCUCCAAAGCGGCUCAUUCUCGGGGAGGCGAGUGUUGUAUCAAAUGUAAAAAUGUCUGGGUCUGGAAGAGUCAUGCUGUUUUUGCAUGACACAGAAGGUCUGGCAUGGAAGCUCUAGCAUUACAGGUUUCGAGAAGCUUCCGCAAUGCCGAAUCCGCAUGACAAAUCCCCCACUUUGGUGACAGAAAGUGGGCAGCUUUUGCUACCCAUGCAUGAGAGAUUUUUCUGCGUUCUGAAAUGUGCAUCACAAGUUCGGAUUCUUCCAGACCCAGACAUUUUUACAUUUGAUAUGUUGCGACGCCGGACGAUGAGCAAUCGCGGGAAGAACUGUUUUAUCAAAUGUAAAAAUGUCUGGGUCUGGGAGCUUGUCAUGCUGGGUAGCGUCUCAUGAUGAGGCUACAAAUGCUGGCUCAGCAUGACAAGUUUCUGAGCUCCUAGCUGUUGCCUAUUCUGCAUGACAAACUGCGCUUCUGCAUCACAGAAAAACGCAGCUCUUGGGUAACGUGCAUGACAGAUUUAAGAGUCAUGCCAGAGAAGCAUGACAAACAUGAAUUCUUCCAGACCCAGACAUUUUUGCAUUUGAUAUGUUUUCGCAGAAGUUUCUGUGCGGGCCGGGCGCGGGACCAGCGGGGGGAGUUUCUUCCGGGCAGCUCGGCGGCUUUGGAAUGAACAAAAAAGUGGUGCAGUGUAUGGAAUGGGGAACUUUUAUUUUUUCGGGAUUAUGGAUUUGCGAUCUCACUCUUUGUUGUGCAGCCGUAGUUCAUACAUGACAUGACAAGGUACGGCAAAUCGAUUCUGUAUGUCAUGUGCAGUCGGGAGGCUCAGAGUCAGAAGCAGACGAAGACACCCCUGUCAGCAUGCUCUAGUCGCCGAGUGAGUUCUGCAAUGCAAGAUCGCAAAUCCCGGAUUUCCGUGUUUUUUCGUUUGCACACAGCUUCUCCGGCCGGAAGAUUCGUCGUACAUAUCCGCAUGAGAGGUGGGGCGCCGGCAUAAUGCGAAAAGCGCAAGAAGAACUUGUACAAGUUUAUUUCUAUCUUUGUUCGGUUUCAUCUUUUUAUUCACACAUAUUUACAGUACGCCAGCCAGCUCUAGCGCUAAUCAAGUAAACUCUUUUUUGUGACAAAUCAGUGCUGAUGAAUGUAUACAUAGAGGAACACUUCUGUAAUUUGAACUUCAGCUCAGGCUUACGCUUACACCUUUUUGUUUCCUUUUUCUGUCAGCCAUUUGGCAUCAUCAUGCUGCAUGCAACGUGCAAGGCCGAGCUUGGCGGUCUUUCCACUGGGGAUGCAUUGCCUUCGCAUGAUUGACAGCGACAAGACGCUUCUUUCGGUUGUUUCGGCUUGUAAAAAUGCAGCGGGUUAACUAUUGGUGGCGCCACUCAGACUGCAAGUUUAUUUUUACUGUAGAAUUUUGGACAACAUCAAAAAGAUA